UACAACCUUGAUUUCAUCUCUGUCCCAUCAUGGUGUAUGGGCAGAUCCUGCACCGAUGCGGCCCGGACGAGAACCUCCUCAACCUGAACGUGGGAGGUUUCAAGCAGAAAGUCUCUCGCUCUUUGCUCCAGCGCUUCCCACACACUCGUCUCGGACGUUUGCUCCUCUGCAGCUCAGAGUCGGCCAUUCUGGAGUUAUGCGACGACUACAGCGUGAACGAGCACGAAUUCUACUUCGACCGUAACCCGCGCUUCUUUCGCUACGUGCUGAACUUUUACCACACAGGUAAGAUCCAUCUGAUGGAGGAGCUUUGUGUGUUUAGCUUCAGCCAGGAACUCGAGUACUGGGGCAUCAAGGAGCUUUACCUGGAUUCAUGCUGCAGCAACAAGUUCCACGAGCAGAAGGAAGGUGAAAAGGAUCACGACUGGGACCGGAACGAGGAUGAGCAGCUUCAAGAGAGCUUUGAUUCCUCCAUGGAGGAGCUUUCAGAGCUGGAUAAGGACGUGGAGAAGUUUGAAGGCACCUGGUGCUCGGAGAAGCGUAAGCAGCUGUGGCUGAGGUUGGAGAAUCCGGGGCAUUCGCUCACAGCUAAGCUGCUAGCCGUGGUUUCUCUGAGCGUGGUUCUGAUCAGCAUCGCGGCCAUGUGUGUUCACAGCAUGCCCGAGUUCCACCAAGUGGAUGCGAACGAAAGAGCCAUGGAAGAUCCGGUUCUAGCCGCAUUUGAGACCUUUUGCGUGCUCUGGUUCACUUUCGAGUUUGUGGUACGCUUAGUGGUAGCGCCGUGCCUCCGUAAGUUUGCCAGCAACGCUUUGAACAUCAUAGAUUUUGUCUCGGUGAUACCGUUUUAUGCCACAUUAGCACUGGAAACAGCAGAUGCCGAGGAAAGCGAGGAGCUGGAGAACGUCGGGAAGGUGGUGCAGAUCCUGAGGCUCAUGCGCAUCUUUAGGAUACUGAAGUUAGCGCGUCACUCUGUGGGUCUCCGAUCCCUCGGGGCGACUUUGCGUCACAGCUACCACGAGGUCGGCCUCCUCGUCCUCUUCCUCUCCGUCGGGAUUUCCAUCUUCUCUGUGCUCGUGUACUUCGCAGAGAGAGAUGACGAUGAAUCCGAGCUCCAGACGAUACCCAUCGGGUGGUGGUGGGCCACGAUUAGCAUGACUACAGUCGGAUACGGAGACACCUAUCCUGUCACGCUAGCCGGGAAGCUCAUCGGGACUCUGUGCAUCGUGUGUGGCCUCCUAGUGGUGGCGCUGCCCAUCACCAUCAUCUUCAACAAGUUCUCUAAGUAUUACGAGAGACAGAAAGCUCUGGUGGAGUCGGAUCAGUAUGAAAGCAACUUAAAAAUUCCUAUUCCAGGGAUUCCUAUAUUCAGCAUGAACGAUCUUUAUGCUAACGGUAAUGCGAUUAACUCACUUUUGGACAGUUUGUCCACCAGAAGUAGCACAGGAAGUGAAAGGGACGAUAAAGACAAUCAGGACAGUGAAGAUGGAACUUGGGUUACUUCAUGA